CCAUGUUUAUUUAACAUCUCGUCACUAACCUCAAAAAAUUCUGACGUUUAAACACGUGAAAUAUUCAACUUUUUAUUUUAUAGAAAUCGGGAAUCAAGAUGACAAAAAUUAAUACAAAAACAAGUAGUGUGGAAAAAACUAGUGAAUGUUUAAAAAAGAAACUUCAGCCUGCAAACACAGCCCAGACAGGCGUAAUUCGAGGGAAACCCAAGUCGGGCCGAUUUUGGAAAAAUGAAAAAAAGAAAUUUUCAUCAAUAAUUAAAACCAAAGGAAUCCGAAAUUCAUUUGAGAAGAAGCAAGCCUUGAGACAAGAACUUAAAAGGAUAAAAGAAGCAAGUAGAGCGAUUAUAGCAGCAAAAGAUGAAGAGAAGGAACAGAAGAAGCAACGGAGAAGAGAAAACUUGAAACGCCAAGAAGAAAAUCGCAAAAAAUCUGAAAUAGUUCAAGUCAUAACAAACACAAGUAAGAUUAAGAAAAUGAAAAAGAAACAGCUGAGGUAUAUUGAAAAAAGAGACACUGUUUAAAUGUGAUUUAAUUAAAUAUUUACAUGCGGAAAA